AUGGCUCAACAGUACAUCGGAUCAAGGAUCUCGCUGAUCUCAAAGUCAGACAUCAGAUAUCGAGGGAUCUUGCACUCCAUCGACCCCGCCGCGUCCACCGUCAGCUUGGAACAAGUUAGGUCGAUGGGAACCGAGGGCCGGAAAUCUAACCCUUCCGAAGAGAUUGCACCGACCGAUCAGCUAUACGAAUUCAUUGUUUUUCGGGCUGCCGACGUCAAAGAUCUGUCUAUCGAAGCCCCGGCCGAACCGAAACCAGAGCCCCCCAAACCGUCGGUCCCGGAUGACCCAGCCAUCAUGAGCACGACUGCUCCCCCGCGUGCUCCUCCGAAUCCGUAUAUGCAACCAAGCAUGAUGGGCCCACCCCAGGGAAUGUACAACAACGCCAUGCCGCCGAUGAUGUACCCGCCCGGCCAUGUGCCACCCCAAUGGCCACCCUACGUCAUGCCCCCACCCGGACAGAUGCAUCCAAUGAUGGGAUUCCCCCCGCAACCAAUGCCCCCACCAAAUGGACCACUAGCUCAGCAACCCAAUCACCAACCAAACCAAGCACAUGUACCCCAAUCCACGAAACCUAGCCCGGCGGCCACAACGGGCAAAGCGGUACCUCCUCAUAAGGUUGACUCUGCCGGAUCGCCUGACCAUCAGAAGGCUUCAUCCCUGGCGAGUACUCUAUCGCCCACCAAGCAAUCCAGCUCUCUGGCCUCCAACCCGGCUCCUCCCAGUUCCUCAGGCCCAGGCGGGCCAGCCCUUCCGUCCUCUCAGACAUCUCGGGGGCCGAUGACCGUUAAUGGUGCAGCGGGUUCCGGCAAGAGUGUCUUUGGCACGACCACUGCGAUGGACAUGAUGGCCAGCAUUGCGGCAAUGAGCCCCCAGCAAGGCUCACCGGCUAACCAACAGACUAGCUCAGCCUCGCAAAAGUUCCCGGCCAACCUCUCAAAGAGCCACCCGAACCAGAACGGCCCUCAGGGAAUCAACCACGCACAGCUCGGCGUACCCCAGUCGUCGACCUCCCAAUCGCAACAGCACCAUCAAAUGAGACAUCCCUUGCCCCAGGUCCCAAACAAUAACAAUAACAACAAUAAACCCAAGACCGGCCCCAAGGUUCACGGGGCAGGCCAAGCCAACAACUCGCACAGGCCCAACCAUCACCAUCAGUCCCCCUCAUCACCGAUUGUACCCGCCCAGGACUUCGACUUUGCCUCGGCUAACGCCAAAUUCAACAAGGCCGCGCCGCCGAGCAACCCAACCAAAGUGGAAGACGGGAACCAACAGAAGGAAGCCGCCGAGGGUAGCUCAGCCACGGAUAAGGCCGCCGAUGGGAUGAAAACGACUGGUGGCGAGUCGAAAGAGGAGGACGAUUUUGUGAUCCCAGAGGCACCCCCGGGAACCUACUACGACAAGAAGAAGAGCUUCUUCGACGAUAUCAGCUCCGAGGUCAAGGAGCGAUCGGCCCUCUCUUCGCAGGACGGCCCGUCCAAAACCACAUCUGGGGUGCCUAACGGAACAGGCGCCGGACGAGGCGCGCGUGGCGGGGCUGGAGGGAGAGGUGGGAGGGGCGGGAGAGGAGGAUGGGAUCGAAACGCGGAGCGCCAGAAGAACCUGGACACAUUUGGCGAGGUAGCGCUGAACCCGAACCUGGGCGCACUGGGCUCAGGAUACAACGGCUACGGUCGCGGAGGCGCCCAUCGGAUGGGCCAGAUCGGAGGCGCCAUGAACGGAGGAGGGUACAGAGGUAUGCCCGGCCGAGGCCGUGGCGCACAGGGACGUGGAAACCAUCACCAUCACAAUCCCGCUGCAGCUCGCGGUGGCUUCCCUGUCAAUGUUAGAGGAAAUCAUCUCGCUGGUCCUGUCAACCAAUAA